AUGCAAUUCUGCCGCUGCUGCCGAGUGUGGAGCCUGCACGACUCGCUGUGCGAGGCAGGGCUUGCUCCUGCUGCUGCUCCUGCAGUUUCUGCUGAGCAACAACAGCAACAGCAGCAGCAGGAACUCUCAACAACUGACACUGGCAUCCGCGCAUCCUCCCCGAGAGAGACUUUAACGCCAGCCUUUGGUGCCUUUGCAGCGGAAGCAACGAUGACUGCUCCAGGUUCCAAACGGCCUUCUGCUGCAGCAGGAGCAGCAGCAGGAGAAGCAGCAGGAGGUGCUGUACGUACUGAAGCAGCAGAACCAUCGGAAUCUGCAGUCCCUUCCUCCGUAGUGGCUGCGCUCAUAACUGAGGGGCUGUUACACCCUCAAGAAUCUCUUGAGAAGUUGGAGGAAAACUUUUUGCUGCUGGACUUCGAUCCAGAAAAAUCAGCUGCGUCGGCCCAAGCUGCUCAUCGGCUCCUCAAAGAGUUUGUCAGCUGCAGCAGCAGCAGUAGUAGCACUAACAGCAGCAGCAGCAGCAGCAGCGGCACAACUGCCUCAAGGGGGGGAUAUUCUGUAUGUGGGGAGGUGGCCUGCUCCCGCUUGGGCUUUGCGCUGCGGCAGCAACAACGGCUGCAACAGAUGAUGCAGGCAGACUCUCAAACACUGCAGCAAAUGCUACAGACAAAAAGAGACUGGGAAAUUCUUGCUGGUGACUCGCAUCCCCUUGUUGGGACCGACGAGCGCUGCUUUCCUUAUAACUUCUUUGCCCUGUGUCGGGCCUUCUUGGACCCUGAAUGGAGCAACCAAGCUCCUCUGCCUGCGGGCACACCCUGCAGCACAAAUGCCAUCAGCAGCAGCAGCAGAAACAGCAGCAACAGCAGCAACAGCAGCAACAGCGAUGACGCUCUUUUGCAGCCAGGAGAGAGCCGUUGCUUCCCAGUGAAUUUACAGGCCGUGCAGAAACUCCACAACGGCAUCGUUGCUGCCGCAAGGGCUACUGACCCUGCUGCUGCUACUGCUGCUACAGGCGACUGGGACCCAAUAGCACUCCUACUGCAGAUGAUAUAUGGCCUUUGCUGCCGACUGCUGCAGCGGGCUGCUGCGCUGGAGCAUCCGCAGCAACUGCUAUUCGUUCCGGUCCUCCUUGAGGGUCCUCUUUUGGAUGAGUCACCCGACUUUUCGGAGUUGGCGAAAAUUUGCGAAGUCGUCGCUGUUCUACCCUAUGCGUCAAAACGCACCAUCGCCAGAUGGUACCUCGAUGCCCCCGCGCGACACAUGGAGCAGCACAUCACGCUUGUGCAGCAGCUCAUCACAGGCAAGAUUAACAUGCUGUCUGCUGGGCCGUUGGAGCUAUGGCACUACAUUCAGGCUUCGCAGCACCCAGCUGAGACGGCCUUAAGAGCAGCACUGCUGCUGCUCCACCUCCUGUAUGCUGCCAAUGUACACCGGCAGCAACGGCGCCUGCAGAUGAGCAAGAAACUCCAGCAACUAGACAAUUUUCAGCCCUCUCGAAGAACGCCAUACUUCCCAGCAGGAGCAACAGGAGCAGCAACAGCAGGGCACGAAACAGGGGCUGGUGCGCAGGAAGCACUGCAGCAGGUGCAACAGCAGCAACAGACGCACCAGGAGGAGAAGGAAGAACUAAGUGAAGUUGAUUUCAGUUUAUUUCACAACGACGCCAUCAACUCCAGUCAUCAGAUGCUACAGCACGAGUUUGCCCUGUGGCUGCGACUGCGGAGAGGCGCAGCAGCACCAGCGGUCAGCAGCUUCUUGCUGCAGCAAGCGCUCCAGCAGCAACAACAACGAGAUACAGGCAGUCGUAGCAGGGACCGAAACAGCCUCUCGACUCCACCAGACUCUGAAUCAGCGGCAAGCUCUCUGGAGACCCCUCCCGCUGCAACAGCAGCGUCAGGGGCAACAGCAGCGGCAGCAACAGCACCAGCGGGAACAACACCAGCAGUAACACCAACAGCAACGACAGCAGCAAGAAACGGCGUGUUGCCAGCAGCAACAGCAGCUGCAGCAGAAGAAGCCGCUGAAACAACGGCAGCAGCAGGUUCAGCAGCUUUGCAUUCGAUGUCUGCACAGUCUCUAUUCUCAGGCGGGGCUGAGACAGAGGCAGCUCUGGGCAUGUUGCCACCAGACCCAGGAGUCCCAGCAGCAGCAGCAGCAGCAACAGCAGCAACGGCAGCGACUGCAGCGACAGCACUGGCAACAGGAGCAACACAAGGAGGUGGCAUACCUGACGAGGCAGACGUAUUUUUCUCAGGGGAGACGGUUCCAGGUGUCGAUACAUCUGCAGAUGUAGCCAGGAUCCGAGUGGCGCAGGCAGCAGCAGCGGCAGCAGAAGCACAAGCAACAGCUAACAACAUGGGUUUGCUGCCGUUGCCAUUGGGUAUAUGGGGUUCAUCGUCUGUUGCUGCAGCUCUUGCUGCAGGUGUUGCGUCUCCUGCUGCAGUGUUGUCGAGUCCAGCAGCCGCAGCCGCAGCAGCAACAGCAAGCAGCCCCUUUAAUCACUUUGCGCUGCCGCAAGCCAACUUGCACGCGAAUACGUUCUCUCUAGUCGCCCAUCCCUUCGUGCUGGAUGCAUCAGCAAAGGCUGAGAUAAUCAGGAUGCAGGCAACCCUUGAGCAGCAGCACCAGGCCCGCCAGGCUGAGGUGCAGGCUUUACUGAGUUUGUGUCGGGGGGGCAUUGGCUCGCCGCUGCCGUUUCUGUACUUGCGCGUGCGGCGGACGCAUCUGGUGGAAGACACGCUGCAGCAAAUUGCGAGCAGCAGCAACAGCAGCAGCAGCACUAGGACAGACCUCCGCAAGGCCCUCAAAGUGAAGUUUAUCGGCGAGGAAGGCAUCGACCAAGGAGGAGUAACAAAGGAAUUCUUUCAACUUCUCGUUGAUGAGGUCUGCAAAUCUGCAAACCUUGAAUAG